AUGGCGUGUGGCAGCAAGAGAAUCACCAUCCAGCUGGUGAACCAGGAGGCAGGGCCUGGAACCAAGGGCCCAAAGCCCUCUCGGGGCCAGAACUACAAAGCAAUCCGAGCAGCCUGCCUGGAUGAGGGGAUCCUGUUCCGAGAUCCCUAUUUCCCUGCUGGCCCUGAUGCCCUUGGCUAUGACGAGCUGGGGCCCGACUCGGAGAAGGCCAAAGGGGUGGAAUGGAAGAGGCCCCAUGAGUUUUGCGCUAAGCCCCAGUUCAUCUGUGAGGACAUGAGCGGAACAGACAUGUGUCGGGGGAGUCUGGGUAACAGCUGGUUUCUUGCAGCCGCUGCCUCCAUCACUCUGUACCCACGACUCCUGUCCCAGGCGGUCUCCCCGGGACAGGGCUUCCAAGAUGGCUACGCAGGCAUCUUCCGCUUCCAGGCAAAGCCCCUCCCCUGCUGGGUGGACGUCGUGGUGGACGACAGGCUGCCUGUGCGUGAGGGGAAGCUGAUGUUCGUGCGCUCGGAUCAGAGGAACGAGUUCUGGGACCCACUCCUGGAAAAGGCCUACGCCAAGCUCCAUGGCUCCUAUGAGGUGAUGCGAGGCGGCCACAUGAAUGAGGCUUUCGUGGACUUCACAGGCGGUGUGGGCGAGGUGCUCUACCUGAGGCAGGACACUCCAGGCCUCUUCUCUACCCUGUGCCAUGCCCUGGCCAAGGGGUCCCUCGUGGGAGCCACUGCCCUGAGUGAUCGGGGUGAGUACCGUACAGAAGACGGGCUGGUGAAGGGACAUGCAUAUUCAAUCACAGGCACACACAAGGUGUCACGGGGCUUCACCAACGUGCGUCUGCUGCGUCUGCGGAGCCCACAGGGCCGAGUGGAGUGGCCUGGGGCCUGGAGUGAUAGAUGCCCAUGCUGGGACGUGCUCUCCGCUGAGUGGCGAGAUGCCUUGCUGGUGAAAAAGGAGGGUGGUGAGUUCUGGAUGGAGCUGCAGAACUUCCUCUGCCACUUCGCCACCAUCCAGGUCUGCUCGCUGAGCCCUGAGGUGCUGGUCCGCAGCCCAGCUGGAGGCAGCAGGCACAACCACACCUUCCAAGGCCGCUGGGUACGCGGCUUCAACUCUGGCGGCCAGCCUCGUGCCGAAACCUUCUGGACUCACCCCCAGUUCCGGCUGACGCUGCUGGAGCCUGACGAGGAGGACAAGGGGCCCUGGGAGGGCUGGGGGGCAGCAGGGACGCGGGGCCCCACUGGGGGCCGCACCCCCAAAUGCACUGUGCUUCUGUCACCCAUCCAGCGCAACCGGCGGCGCCUGAGGGCCCAGGGCCUCACAUACCUGACCGUGGGCUUCCACGUGCUCCAGAUCCCAGAGGAGCUGCUGGGACUGUGGGACUCCCCGCGCAGUCGCGAGCUCUUGCGGGGCCUGCUGCGCGCCGAACGCUCGCCCUUCUGUGCCCGCCGCGACGUGAGCCACCGCUGCCGCCUGCGCCCCGGCCACUAUCUGGUGGUACCCAGCCCCCGCGCCGCCCGCGCCGCCCGCGCCGGCGACGAGAUCGACUUCACGCUGCGCGUGUUCUCCGAGAGCCGCCACACCGCAGUGGAGAUAGAUGAUGUGAUCAGCGCCGACCUGUGUGCCCUCAUGGUCCCCUACAUUCCCCUGGAGCUAGAGAUGGAGCAGCUGUUUCAGGAGCUGGCAGGAGAGGAGGAAGAACUCAAUGCCCCUCAGCUCCAGACCUUAUUAAGCAUUGCCCUGGAGCCUGCCAGGGCCCAUGCACGGACUCCCAGGGGAAUCGGGCUCAGGACCUGGGAGCGGCUGCUGCAGCGUUUUGGGCAUGGGCGAAGCCUCGACCUGUACCACUUCCAGCAGCUCUGGGGCCACCUCCUGGGGUGGCAGGCCACAUUUGACAAGCUCGAUGAGGACGCCUCUGGAACCAUGAACUCCUAUGAACUGAGGCUGGCCCUGAACGCAGUGGGCUUCCACCUGAACAACCAGCUGACCCAGGCCCUCACUAGCCACUACCGGGACAGCCGUCUGCGCGUGGACUUCAAGCACUUGGCGUCCUGCGUGGCCCAGCUCAUCUGCAUCUUCCGCCACUGCAGCCAGCACCUGCAUGGGGGCGAGGGGGUCGUCUGCCUGACCCACAGACAGCUGAGCCUGGGCUGCAGGGAGGGGUGGCACGGGAGUGUCAGGAGUCCCCUGCCUCAUGCCUGCUGUUUCCUCUCGCUCAGUGGAUGGAGGUGGCCAUCUUCUAGGACCUCAGCCCGGGAGCCCUGCCUUUCCCUUCUCCCAGCCCGGACCAGGGUUUCCUCUACAGGAAGGGGGCUGAUGCCCUGAUGUUAAGCAGUGAUUCAGAGCGUGGCCUUGGGAGCCAGCCUGCCUGGAGCUGACUUCCGGCCCCCCCCACUCACCAGCUGGGUGACACUGGGCAAGUCACUGCACCUCUCUGGUAAACGGGCAUGGUAACAGCACCUUUCUCAUGCAGGCUGCACGAGUUAGCCCACGUUACACGCUUACAACAGGGCGUGGCCUGGAAUGGGUCCCCAACAGCACUCCUACUUUCACACACUCAUGGGAACAGGGAUCGGGGCACUCCCACGCCCCACCUCACUCUGGCAAGAGGUGCUCUAUCAUCGCUCUCCUAAGAGGUGGAGAACAGAUAGAAAAACAGAGGACACUGUAGGAAUCCUUCU